CUGUUUCACUCCCCGUUCGGGCCAGGAGCGAGCGGCGCGUCUUUGGGAGUCCCUGCCUCUCCCCGUGGGAAGACACGAAGCCGGGACCAUGCCCGUGCUGAUCCCCCCAGCCGAGCGCAGCCAGGACCCGCGCGUUGGGGCUCCGGCGUGGCGCCAGGCGGCCACGGCCACCCUGCAGAAGGCGCGCCAGCUGACCGACCGCUGCGAGCAGGAGGCGGUGACCAUGUGGCAACCCGAGGACAGCGUGCGGGAGCCGCACGUGGCGCGCCACCUCUGCCGCGCCGCCUACAACCUGCCCUGGCGCUUCCGCGUGGAGAUGCUCGCGGGCGGCGGCACCGUGGAGAAGCCGCCGCCGGGCGAGGGCGUCACGCUGUGGAAGGGCAAGGUGAAGCCCCCCGCCUGGCACGCCCGCCUGCCGCUGCCCCUGCACCGCGACGCCCGGGCCCUGCAGAGCGCCGAGGUGGUGCUCGCGCACGCGCGCGGGGCGCGCCUCGCCGCCGCCCGCCUGUGUCGCGCGCAGCACCAGGUCAAUGGGCAGCUGUGGCUGCUGCAGCGCCAGCGCGAGGCCACCGACCGCGGGCUCGCCCAAGUCCGCAAAGGCCUGCUUAUUAACCAGCAGAGCAGCAAGCUUCGGGGCUACCGGCCCAAGUCUGAGAAGGUCCCUGACAAAGCUGACAGUAUGCUUACCUGGGAGAAGGAGGAGCUUAAGAGCAUGAAGAGGAAGAUGGAAAGAGAUAUGGAAAAAUCCGAGGCCCUGCUCAAGGCCCUGGCCUCCUGCCGCGACACUCUGGCCUUCUGCUGUAAGGAGAGGCUCCAAGCUGUGGACCUUAUGAACCAGCCUCUGGAUAAGGUUCUGGAGCAGGCUGGCCGCCACUCCUGGGUGAACCUCUCCCGCAUCCCUUCCCCGAGCUCUCAGGGCCAAAAAACGCCGCCUCCAGACCCUGUGGGCACCUAUACCCCAGAGUGCGCCACGGCGCUGUACGAAGCCAAGCGACUGUUGAUGGAGUCCAAGGACACCUUGCUGGAAAUGGCAAAGAACGAGGAGGACAUCCGGGCGCAGCAACAUCAGAUAAGCGAUCGCGUGUGCGCCUUGUUGGCACAGAAGAUGCGGGAGACCUUGGAGCUGAAGGAAAGAAUGAAUAUGACCUUAGGACUAAUGCGGGGAACUAUCCAGCGGUGCACGAAAUUCAACCAGGAAAUGUACAUCACUCACGGCCUCAUCAAGGGUCCUCUGUCAAAACGUCACCUGGAGACCCGAGAGAAGCUGGACAGACCCCUGGUUCGCGUGUACCAGAGACACGUGGGCACCCAGCUGCCCGAAGCCACGCGCCUCGCCCAGGGCACUGAGAAGCUGCAGCGCCACAUCUCGCGCGUGGAGAAAAACCUGCAGGAGCUGCUCGCCACGCGCCAGAACCUCGCCCGAAGCCUCAAGUGCAAGAGGAUCGGGUACGAAGUGGACCUGAACGUGGUGCGCCUGCGCCUGCGCCAGGGGCACCCGCGCGUGUACCACCAGCAGGCGCAGCGCCUGGUCAACGACUGGGACCCGCGCACGCCGCCGCCGCGCGCGGAGUCCAGCGCCCCCGCCAAGUGACAGGCGGGCCCUCUGCCCCGGCCGGCCAUCCGGCGCGUUUCUGCCUGCCGGGGCCUGCGGAGCAGAGACUGGACGGCUCCGUGGCCCUCCCUCCCUGCCUCUCGCCUGACCUGCCUUCCCUCUAAGCAUCCUCUAGCAGAACUAUAAUUAAAAAGGACACUGAUUACCACGUA